AUGAGUGUCAGUUCAUUCGAAAUUUUACCUGAUGAUAUUCUUUAUGGAAUUUUUGAUUAUUUAUCUCCAGUUGAUGUUCUUCGAUCAUUUUUUUCAUUGACUAAACGUUUAUCAAAUAUGAUAAUAAAUGAAUAUUUAUGGCACAUUCAUAUAGGUGAUUCAACAAUGUCAUUAUUGAUGUUCAAUGAUCAUUGUCAAAAUGUCUUGAAAUUAAUAGGAAGUCGCGUUGUUUCAUUACGUCUAACAUUGACUAACACUAUUGGUGGAUGGUCACUCAUUUCAUCUUCUCUUCAGUAUCAUCAGACAAUAUUACUUCAACGUCUACAUUUAAUCGACAUUAAACCACAUGAAUUUGAUAAAUUACUGCGCAAUCAUUUAAUAAAACAAUUACAUACUUUAUUGGUUGAUGUAACAUUAUCUAAUCCGUUCAAUUCCCUUCAAAUUGAAGGAGUUUAUCUAGUUAAGGUGUGUUCGCAACUGCCUCUUCUAAGAAUUUGUCGACUUUCAUUUAAUCAUGAUAAUGGGAAUGUCAAUCAAAUAAAAAACUAUUCAUUAGGAUAUCAAAUGACAUUACCAAAUCUAUUGAAUGCAAAUCAUCUUCGUACAUUGACUAUUGGUAUACACACGUCAUACUUUCUCCAACGUUUACUAUUAUGUAUACCAUUUAUUGAGAAUCUUUCUGUUGGCAUACAAGAUCAAUAUAUUAAUGAGAAUGAUGCAAAUGAGAUAAUCUCUAUGCCUACUACUAUUGAUGCUCAUCUUCUUCGAUAUCUAUCUCGUCUAUUUAUACAUUGUGUGAAUAGAAUAAGUUUUCAUCGAACUAUUGGGCUUCUAUCAUCUGUGUUUGGUCAACUUUGUCAUUUGUCAUUAAAAUUAGAAGCAUUUACAUUAAUUUCUGGUCCAUUAAUUAUAUCAGGUGACAUUAUUCAACAAGUAUGUAUCGAUCGUCUCAAACCAAUGGCAACUUAUAAUCUUAAUCUAUUAUUAUAUGUUCAGAACGAUUUGAAAGAAAAAAUAAUUUUUAAUUCAUUUUUUAAAGUUCCAUUUACUCAUCAACAACGACCGAGAGUAGUUAUUCAAGAAUGUGAUAAGUUUGAUCUAAGUGAUAUGUAUCAUCGUUUUAUGGUAUAUACGUUACCAUAUAAUGACACAAUCCUUUCAUCAUUUAUGUUUUCUAGAGAUCUUGAAAAGUCUUGUCAAAUGUCGAUUAAUGCAAUAGAUUUAUUUUCACGUGCUAAUGAGUUAGUUCUGAGUGGUUAUAAGAAGACCAAUCGUCUUUCAGAUCUUGGCAAUUGUAGAAGUUUUAUAUCAUCAUUAGUUCCGUGGUCAUUAUUAACAAAAAUUUCAGUCGAUGGUGGUGAAGUUAUUACUUCAGUUAGAUUAGAGUCAAUAUUAUGUUUGGCUUAUAAUGUACAUACACUACAAAUACAUGAUGAUAGAGGAAUAUUACCUCGUGCAAUAUUACUUAAUACUGAUAAUCUUGGAACUCGUGUCUAUUACCAAAUAAAAUCACUUGACAUCUACGAUGUAACAUUAACAUUACAAAAUGCUCAACGUUUUUGCACAUUAUUGGCGAAUCGAUUACCUAACUUGAAGAAACUUUCGUUUAAUAUUUGUUAUUCAUAUCAUGAAUGGAAAUUAAAUCUAUCUCGUGCUACUGACGGGAAAAACAAAUAUACAAAACGUAUUGCUAAUCUUAUUUAUUUUCUUGCUGAUCAUUUGCAACAACUUGUUUCUCUUCAUAUCAACUUUUUAAAUUUGACUUUCUCUGAGACACCUUGUUUUCCACAUUUAAUCCGACGACAACUACAUCAAUAUCCACCUAAUCGACUUUAUCGAUUACAAUGUUCUUUUAAUUUAAUUCAAAUCUGGUUCUAA